CCUCCCGGUGGCUGUGACGGCCGCGGAGGGGCGCAGAGAAGGGAGGGGACACGGAGGAGGAAGGACAAGGAGGAGGAGCAAAGGUGUUGGAGAGAAAACUUCUGAAAGAAACAGGAAACCUGACGGGGAGGCGGCGGCUGCGGUUCUUGGGGCUCCCAGCCUGCGCACAUCGCGGGGUGUCUGCGGCUGCCGCUCCGCUCCGCUUCUGGCCGGUUCCCCCGGCGCUGGACAGGGCUGAGCCCCGACACUCGGGCGCUCGGGCCGUGCCCUCGGCCGCCGCUCUCGGCGCUGCAGUCGUGCGCUCCAUUCCGCCUCUGCGGCGGCGGCUUCCUUGAAAGGGCAGCGAGGGCGCCGAGAAGAGGAAGGACGUCUACUUUGGAGCAUGAAGCAGCAUGUCUGAUAAAAUGUCCAGCUUCCUCUACAUAGGGGACAUCGUGUCCCUGUACGCGGAGGGCUCGGUCAACGGCUUCAUCAGCACGCUGGGGUUAGUGGAUGAUAGAUGUGUGGUACACCCAGAGGCUGGAGACCUUGCUAAUCCUCCCAAGAAGUUCAGAGAUUGCCUCUUUAAGGUAUGCCCUAUGAAUCGAUAUUCUGCGCAGAAACAAUACUGGAAAGCUAAGCAAGCCAAACAAGGGAACCACACAGAGGCAGCCUUGCUGAAGAAACUACAGCAUGCUGCAGAACUGGAACAAAAACAAAAUGAGUCAGAAAAUAAGAAACUAUUGGGAGAAAUUGUGAAAUACAGUAAUGUUAUACAACUACUGCAUAUAAAAAGCAACAAAUAUCUGACUGUCAACAAGAGAUUACCCGCUUUGCUGGAGAAAAAUGCCAUGCGCGUGUCCUUGGAUGCUGCAGGAAAUGAGGGGUCAUGGUUUUAUAUUCAUCCCUUCUGGAAACUCAGAAGCGAGGGGGACAAUAUUGUUGUAGGAGAUAAAGUUGUUCUGAUGCCCGUGAAUGCAGGACAGCCACUACAUGCCAGCAACAUAGAGCUUCUCGAUAAUCCAGGGUGUAAAGAGGUGGUUCACCAUGACCCAUGCCGUGGGGGUGCAGGACAAUGGAACAGCUUAUUCAGAUUUAAACAUCUUGCAACUGGGAAUUAUUUAGCUGCAGAG